CUCAACUCCCACCAGCCGCGCGACAUAUGCGCACGCGCAGCCUUCGCGCAGUGAUACCACCUGAAAAAAAAACUCUAUUAUUGUGGAAAUUGCACGGAUUACAGUGUACACACACGGACCUGUGCUAACGUGAUAUCAAAGUGACUGGUUAUCAAUAAUUCAUCGACUCAUCACAGUGUCUAUAAAACUGUUUAUGGCCUGUGCAGUGCUAUUGUGUGCGCUUCCACUAAUCUCUUAUUCACCUGUAUAGGACUGUGAAAUGUGACAAAAAAUUGCAAUGGACAUCUUUUGUGCGGGGAGCCACAGUGUUAACUUUGCGGGGUGACUACCUGACUACCGAGGGUUGUAGACAGGCGUUUAAUCGAGCGACGCCUAUGUUUUCUAGAUCGUGAUGUCCGAAAACGGCGGGGCAGUUGUAUCAAGGGCUUCUACACCACGCCCAAUAGCUGAGGCACCAGUGAAUGCACCGUUACGCUCCAGACAUGAUCAGUUCCUUGCUAGUUCAGCUGAGCGUAAUCAGCAAAGAACUUCAUCGAGCGGAAGAAAUGCAAACGGAAAUUUUGAAUCUCCCCCAUUAUCUUAUCAUCGCCAGAUAACAACUGGCUCUCUCCUUAAUUCAUCGCAUAGAGAAACAUCGGCCUUCGUUCCUGUUGUUCCUACCAGAACAAUGCAUCCAGUUAUGUACCCAAAUGAAAUGCAUCCUGCUUUAAUACCCUCAGAAAUAAUAGAAAGAGAAAGAAUUCUAGACAGGGACCGAUCAGAGACUGCUAAAGGAUCCCCUGAUAGGGCGUCAGGAAACUUCCCUAAAAGAAACUCAUUCGAUUUAAUGGCGAUGAUGGUUGAAAAAAGAAAAGAGGUUGCGUUACGUGAGGCUGCAGCGGCAAUGCUAAUGCCUCACCACCGAGCAUCCUCCAUGGACGGAAUGAUGUCUGAUGGAUCAUCGCAACCUCCUAUUUAUGGCCCACCAGGAGCAUUCCUUGGUACACCAGGACCCUCACCUACCGCUGCAGGCAAUUUCGGAUUCCCCGGCGCUGGAUUGUUCCCUCCUGGUGCUGGACCUCACCAAAUGCAUCCACAUUUAGAUAGACGGUUACUACGAGCGCCGGGUCGCGCUUCACGACCAAAAAAGCAAUUCAUAUGCAAAUUCUGCAAUCGUCAAUUCACCAAAUCUUACAACUUGCUUAUCCACGAAAGGACUCAUACAGACGAGCGGCCCUACUCCUGUGAUAUCUGCGGGAAGGCGUUCAGGAGACAAGACCACCUACGGGACCACAGGUACAUUCAUUCCAAGGAGAAGCCGUUCAAAUGUACAGAAUGCGGGAAAGGAUUCUGUCAGUCGCGGACCUUGGCUGUCCACAAAAUACUUCAUAUGGAAGAGUCGCCACAUAAAUGUCCAGUUUGCAGUAGAAGCUUCAACCAACGUUCUAACCUUAAGACUCAUCUGUUGACUCAUACCGAUCACAAACCAUACGAAUGCAAUUCAUGUGGAAAAGUAUUUCGACGGAACUGCGACUUACGAAGACACGCUUUAACACAUGCUGUGGGCGAUGUACCUCCAGGAGACGUUUUGGAUGUUGGCGAAGAAGAUAUUGGACGACCAGGAUCGCCGAUCGAACCGGGAUAUGAUGAUGAUGAUCCAGAAAUAUCGUCACCAGAACAUUCUCCAGUAAGAAGAGCUCGUUCCUCUUCAGUUGAAAGCAUUGGCAGGGAACAAAGUGAGGAAAGACCCAGAAGAAAUUCUCCGGUGCCUGUUGAACGUACACAUUGUCAUCACAAUGAACAGAGAGACCGUGCAAGUCCAUACACAAUGAGACCUCAGCAUGCUGAAAAACAUCGCGUACAGUCUUUAGACAUGUAUGAGAAACGACGAUUUACAUCAGAUGAAAUAAUUGAGAAAGAAAUGCGUUAUACAGAACUACCUGAACAGCAAAUAAGACAUCCACAGUUACAGAUUCGAAGAGAUUUACAUCAAGUUGCACCACCGGAUCCCUCCAAGAUUGGUCAAAUGACAAGUCCGCCCAUUGAUCCCGGGCCUUCUGGUAUGUACAUGAGUCCGUUCAGAAAGAGAAGUCAUCCGCCAGAUAUUGGUGAGAAUGUUAGGACUUGCGCAGCAGUUUACAGAAGUCGAUCGCCUGAACCGACAAAUUUGACAAUGCCUCGACCGCCAAUGGGGAAUGGAGACGUUGUUGUUGGCAUUCCUCCUACAAUGAUAGGAAUGCCUGCGUACCAUAAAUUUGGCCUUCCAAUGCCGCCACCACAUCCACAGAUUGCUUAUGGACCCAUACCACAUCCCGUCAUGGGACCACAGCAAACGGUGGCACAGGAUUUAAUAGUUAAACACGCGCCUCCAAAAGAUACAGUACCAAGUACUACAACAAAUGUUACGACCAGUAAAGAGAAUCCUAAUACAAAAGACUCGGAAGAACCAAGUUCAAGUUUCAUAGCUAGUGGGAUUAAGAAUAUAGUUGGUAUUCAACCACCCGCUAAUCCAAAACCAGGGACAAGCCAAUCUAGCGGACCCAAGAAGGGUUUUAGUAUAGAAGAUAUUAUGAGACGUUAAAUAUAUUCUAGCUGGUAAGUUGAAGGUUGUAAUUGAGUAUUUUACGUUAGUUUAACAUUUUGCAGCUUCUUGUGAAAAAUAGUACAAUUCAAAAACUGUUUUUGUUAUGCCUAUAAAAAUACUUUUAGAGUACGUGAUAACGACACACAUUUGCGUACUGAUGUUAUUUCGUAGAAUAAUCAAGUACUCUGUUAAGAAACUUUUUCGGAUAUCUAUUUUUCUUUUGUGCAAUUAUUCAUAAUCAGUGAUGUGUCUGUAUAGAUUUUACUUAUGAAAAGUAUUAUUAGUUCGAGUUUCGGUUUAUCUAGACGUAAGGUAUGUACGUAUGCAACGUGGCUUGGUUUUCGCAACGAUCUCAUAAGGUUUCUGUAAUUUUGUGCAGUGUUUUGUUUAACGGGAAAUUUUUAAAAUUAUUUUAUAUCAAAAUUUUAGAAGAUAUUCUUUAUGUUUACUGUCAAUUGUUUUUUAACGAAUGUUUUAAACAAAACUUAUGCGUGAGGUACGUGCGUGUUGUAGGCAAAUUCUACAAUAUAAGUAUAUUUAAUUGUUUGGGCUAUAUUUUAUCGACUGCAUUGUGGUAUAAUCCAACUAAAUUAACAAUAACCCUUUAAAUAAACACUAUCCUAGCUAAAUGGGUCUAUUUUAUUAUGUUGUCAGUUAAUUAUUAUGAUGCGCAAUUUGUAUGUUGCCUAACCAAUUGACCCAUCAUUAUAUUUGCCUACAUCACGAUUCUAUUAAGUGUAGAAUAUAAAAUACAUUUAAAUUUUAAAAUAAAAAUUAAGAAUCGACUGGUUUUUAAUAAUUCAACUGUUAUUUAUUAUUUAGGUUUUAUUACAGUUGUUUAUUGUAAGGUAGUUUUAAUUAGGCAAUACAUUAAAUGUUUUACGUUAAUCGUAUUUUACAUUAUAAUGCUAAUUUGUAUAUAUAAUUAUUAUUUGUUAAGCUAUGAUUUUAAUAUUGUUAAUUCUUUUGCAAUAAGGAAUAUGUUGGAAUUAAAAUAUGUUGAAUGUAUUUUAAGAAUUGUUCAUUAACGGAAUUAAAUUGAGCAAAAAAUGGAAUCGUUUAGUUUAAAUAUUUUGCUCAGGUAUAAUUUAAUUAAUUAUUACGUAAUAUACAUUCGUAUUUUUUUAUCUUAAUAAA